CUAUAUUGGAACGUAAAUUAGUUGUAAAUUUUUUUGUUGAAUGUUUUGGCAUAUAAAUUGUAGUAGAUGUAAAGACAAUACACUUAUACACAUGCCCCGUGCUCGCGAAAACAAAUGUACUGAUAAAAUCGAUAUCUAUAUGCAUGAGAAAGAGGAGGAAAACGAACUCCAAGUACGAGACGACGACCAAGAAGCGCACGAGUUUUGAGGUAAAGGCGACGGCAACGGCGAAGGCGAGAGGGAGAGUUGUCAGGGCAAGGCGUGCAGGAAGGAGAAGAGAAGACCACGAGUUUUGAGAAAUGCAUUCAUUGAAUUGGACCUCGCGCGUGAUAUCUCGGGCAUUGCGUAGCAGUUUCAGCACAUUAUUGGAAACUGCAACCAACAGGACGGGCAAUGGUUCUGUAAAAUCAUCAUCGUCCCGUUCCCCCACACCAACACCGCAGCGGCCACAUUUCGUUUCGGUGGUAUGUGGCUUUGCCAAGGACAAUCUGCGUCACAAAUACAAGCCCGGCAAGUAUGGCGAAGAUUCCUGGUUCAAGGCCUCCACGGAGCAGGCCGAUGUGAUGGGCGUGGCUGACGGAGUGGGAGGUUGGCGAAGUUAUGGCAUCGAUCCCGGCGAGUUUUCCAGUUUUCUGAUGCGUACCUGCGAGCGAUUGGUCCACUGCAGUCAUUUCAAUCCUCAAAGACCUGUCAACCUGCUGGCCUAUAGCUAUUGUGAGCUAAUGGAGCAAAAGAAGCCCAUACUCGGCAGCAGUACGGCCUGUGUGCUAAUCCUUAAUCGAGAGACGAGCACGGUGCAUACAGCGAAUAUAGGUGAUAGUGGUUUCAUAGUGGUGCGUCAGGGCGAAGUGGUGCAUAAGUCUGAGGAGCAGCAACACUAUUUCAAUACACCUUUCCAACUGUCAUUGCCGCCACCCGGCCAUGGACCGAAUGUACUAAGUGAUAGCCCCGAAUCGGCGGAUACGAUGAGUUUUCCAGUCGAGGAUGGCGAUGUGAUUCUUAUUGCCACCGAUGGUGUGUUCGAUAAUGUACCAGAGGCCUUGAUGCUGCAGGUUCUGCGUGAGGUUGAGGGCGAACGUGAUCCAGUUAAGCUGCAAAUGACAGCCAAUACGUUGGCCCUGAUGGCCAGGACAUUGUCCCUUAAUUCGGAAUUUCUGUCGCCAUUCGCAUUGAGUGCACGACGAAAUAAUAUUCAGGCACGUGGUGGCAAGCCAGAUGACAUUACAGUGGUCCUUGCCACGGUAGCCAUUUGAAAAAGAAUACCUUCCCCUUCCCUCCCCCCCAUUCAAUAUAAAACACAACUAGUUUUUUAGGCAUGUUUAAUUGUAGUCCGUAUAUAUAUAUAUAUAUAUAUAUAUAUAUAUUUAGUUAGCUUUUAGGAGUCUGUUUACUGGUUCUUUCUAAUGCUUAAGUAUCAAUCAGAAAUGAUGUUGAUGAUGAUGAUAAUUGAGGAACAACCAGAACAUACUUUCAAUUGUUAGUUACAUAUAUACAUAAACAACAAACAAAACAAACACACAUACAUAACUCAUAUUGAAUAUCCCCCUCCCACAAUUCGCCCACUUCCCCCCUCAAAACUAAUUAUUACUAAUCGACGCAUCCUGGUGAGCCAUUAAAAAACAGAAAGAAAAAAAAACGAAACAAAAUCUCUGACCCCCUCAAGUGUAUACAUAACUCUCGCUUUAAGUAGAAAGAAAGAAAAAAAAAAAAAAAGUAAAACGAAAUUAUCAGCCCGAAAUGAUCUUUUGUGUCGUCAGCAACGAGUUCUCCUCUAAUCAACAAUAACACAACAAAUUGCGACACAAUCCGAGAACCCCAACACCAACCAACCUCCUAACCCAAACCCCAAUACCCAAUCCCACACACACAUAUGUCUUGGGGGAGUUAAGAGUUUCGACGAUCUAUCAAAUUUUAGAAAACGAACUGAGGAUUUCAUUUUUGUUUUUUUUUUUUUUUUAAAUUAUAAUUAUUAUUUGUUAUACGAACACACAUACUAUACAGGCGAAAAGUUUGUGGCGACUGUCUUUAACUAAGUAAAAAAAAAUAAAAAAAAUUAUUUGUCCAAAUGUACUCACUGAUAUUUGCGACCCAAUAAAACAAUAUUCAUUGAAAAA